AUGUCACGAUUCUCGCAAUAUGACACGGACGAGGAGCGACUACCGGAAGGUAUGUCGCGAGUCGGCUACGAUGCUGACACAGAAGUUUACACAUUCAAGGAUGCGGACGGGAGCUAUUGGGAGAGUGCUCCCGGCAACCGUUACGGUCGAUUGACGCGUGUCGGAGAAGCUCGUGUCUCUGAAGACGAUGAUGACGCUCAACCGUUCCUCGGAUCCGAACAGCAAUUCCGGCCAUCAUGGCGUGCGGAAAUGAUGCCUUUGCUCAACUUCUUCAUCUUGGUCGGCCUGUUUUUGGUCUUCCUCUUCUGGUAUUUGCACUCCGCCGCGAAGUCAGGCUGGUCGGCACCCCCGAAAGUGAUUUGCCAAGAAGGCGAACUGGACUACACUAUCGCCUCUGGGGAUACCUGCUGGGACAUUGCACACAGCCGAGGUAUCACUGUUGAUGAUCUUGUAGGGGCCAACAAGGACUUGGAUUGCGACAGGCUCAAGAAGGGCUCGCAUUUGUGUCUUCCCCAGAAGCCUACAUCGGAUUGA